GGUCCCCGUUUGUUGUUAUCGCGGUGUCGCGCUGCUCGUCAGUGUGCUGGGUGGGCGUUCCUCCUCUGAGUUUGUCUGCUGACUGUUGAUGCUGUGAAGAAUUUUAUCCUCCACGACCAGCUCUCCCGAUGUUUCUUCCUACGCUUGUGGAGGACAUGCAUCACUUUAAACCAAGUCGAGACAGACUGUACACCACCCGGUGUUGUGGAUGUUGCCACGUCCGGACGGGGACCAUCAUCCUGGGAACAUGGUAUAUGGUUGUUAAUCUGUUGAUGGGCAUCCUGCUGACAGUAGCUGUUACCCACCCGGAGAACGUGCCGACUAUUGACUUGCAGUAUGAGGUCAUCGACCAUUACUUUGCGUCCGACAGGAUGUCUGAGAAUGCCUGUGUGGGAUUUGCUAUCUCUCUGCUGAUGCUCACCAUCAGUGCCAUGAUGGUGUAUGGGGCCAUCACUCAUCGUGACGGCUGGCUCAUCCCGUUUUUCUGCUACCAGCUGUUUGACUUUGCUCUGAGCUGCCUGGUGGCCAUCAGCUCUCUCACCUACCUUCCUCGGAUCAAGGACUACCUGGAACAGCUGCCCGAUUUCCCGUACAAAGAUAACCUCCUCUCUCUGGACUCUAGCUGCCUGCUGCUCUUUGUGCUCGUCUUCUUUGCUUUCCUCAUCAUCCUCAAGUCCUACCUGAUCAACUGUGUGUGGAACUGCUACAAGUACAUCAACAACAGGAACAUGCCAGAGAUCGCUGUCUACCCGGCCUUCGAGACCCCUCCCCAGUACAUCCUGCCCACUUACGAGAUGGCGAUGAAGAUGCCAGAGAAGGAGCCACCUCCUCCUUACAUGCCUGCUUAAGCACCAGCCCAACACACACACACACACACACACACACACACACACACACACACACACACACACACACACACACACACACACACACACACACACACACACACACCACCAUAUGCAUUCCUACCUUCCCUCACUAACCCUUUCUGAACACCAUUUCACCCCCCACUCCCCUGACCUACUGUGUACGUGUAAGGCCACUGACAGCGUUUUGUUCAGCCCUUCCCUCUGUGACUCUACAGAGCGUCUAUAGAGCAUCCCUGAGGUGUGAUAGCGGAAAGGUGGGAAAGACUGUAAUCUGUGUGAGAUGAAUGAAUGAAUGUGAUGUUUGAAAAGCAAAAGGAAGCUACCAGCCCUCGCUCCCACCCCUCUGGCCUUUUUUAUGUCUUAGUAAAAGGGAUACAUGUGAAAAUAAACUGCUUGAAAUGCUAUCAUCGAUCCAUCACCAUCCUAUCUAUAGAUUGAUAUAUGAAGUAUAAAAAAAAUGAUGACAAUCCAUUUAUUAUAGCUCUUAUUGUUGAAUUGUGUUAUUUUCCCUCCUAAUUAUUUACACCUAGACUAUUCCAUCUCAGUCUUUGAAUGGAGUCUGUAGCACUUUUUCGUCUGGUAUUUCUUUAGCUUUGCUGUGGUUCAGUUCACUGCCACCCCUGACAUUUUCAUCAAUCUGCUGCCCCGAUGUGUUAGCAAAGCUAGGUAUUAGAUUUCCAGCUGAGACGGAGACAGAGAGAGACAGUGGAGGGUACUGAUGAUGAUGAUGAUGAUGAUGAUGAUGAUGAUCUUCUCUGCUUCCUCCUCGCCCAACAUGUGGAGCAGCAGCUAGUCUUGUGAACAUUAGUAUUUGCAUGCUUAUCAAAUGCCUCCCCAUUACUUUAUUGGUAAUAUGAUUUUAUCCCAGUGGAAUACCUUUGAUUUCAAUAAACGUUUCUGAACA